GUUAACUUUCACACACAUAAGGAGGAAUUUGCAUUUCACCAGACGGAAGACAGACAGCAUCAACACUGACAGAAAGGAGGAUGCUGUGUCAGUGGAGGCUGCAGCUCAGACUGGAAAAGCAGCUGCACCGACUGAACGCCAUUUCUCUCAACUUGUAGCUUUAACACCGACACUUGAAUUAGCAGUUAGCUGUAGGAGGAUGAGUUAGGUGUUUCUUUUUGUGUGUGCGCUGAAUGUAAGCCGACUGUCAGCCUUCUUCUGUCGGGAGUUUGGACUCCUGUCAAGUCACCGUGCAGAUGGAGCUGAGCAGGAGGAAAGUGCCUCUGUAUGGCCAGGCAAAGGUAUUUGCGUUGCUGGAGGGUUUAGACUCGGUGCCAGAAGAUGCAGAGGUCUACAUUGUUUUGGAAGGAUCCACAUUGGUCCAUGUAACCAGGGCCCAGAGUGAUGUCAUGCUCUGCUUUAUAGUGCCUGGACAUAACCUGGCUGAGGUGGUCUCGGUCCAGGCCUACCUGUGCUCUGCAACCACACCCCUCACCUGGGUGGGCGGGGCUUCAUUGGAGUAUGUCCAAGAUGAUGCUCAGGACCUGGCAGAGCACCUGGUAAUCCAUGGACAUUGUCUGACUUCCACGGAUCACAAGGAGCUGAGCAGCCUCUUCAACUUGGGCCAGGAAAGCUCUCGCUGGGCUAUGGAUCGUCGUGUGGCCCUGGCCAUGGCCAACCUGGAUAUCCCCCAAAACUGGAAUGUACUGGGAAGCCAAAGUGGAGACGAGCACACUCUCAGAGAAUCUCCCCUCCACCUGGCAGUGCGAUGGGGUCUGUAUUGGUUGGCAGAGCUGCUGCUUUGUCAGCCAGGGGGUCUGAUGGCUGUCAGUCUGCCAAACGAAGAGGGAGUCACGCCGCUGCAGCUGGCACGGACAGCAGGCAACACCGAGCUCCUGGAGCUGCUCACCCACCCACCCAACCCUCUAGCAACACCUCCAGCAGGUCUGUCCCAGGUGUGGGCAGACCGGUCCCGCUUGCUAAGGUUCUGUCAUGAUACGGGGAACCUCACUCUAACCGUACGUCAAAACCUGAGGUGGAGUUCGGAGGAGAGCCGGCAUGCCGACAUACUGCUUCUCAGAGACCGCCUCAGAGAUGAUGACUUCCUCAGAGAGAUCAAAGCACUACGAAGGGAACAUGUGGAGACAAUCUUAGAGAAGGAAGAACUGGUGGAUGAUCCUACAGAGAAUGCACUGUAUCCUGAUAUCAAUGGAGGAACCUCUGCUGUAGAGGAAAAUGACUACGAGGAGCCGCUGAUGUUUUGUCUGAAUGGGGAGGAUGAAGAGGACGAUCCACCACAGCCUGACUCUGAGAAAAAUCAGUCCAUAAGGGAGAGCCAGGCCUCGUCUCCGACUCUGGCGGCAGCUGCCAGACUGUCAGCGAUGAUACAUGGCAAAGACCGAGUGUAUGCCAACACCAUGCUGGUGGAUCAGGUGGAUGGCGCUGACAUUAAAUACCGCUCUCCAGGGGAGGAUGAGGUGAGCCCUGAGCCCUGUGUUGGCAGCCACCACUGGGACUCCUUCUCCAUGACUCCCCCUGACUUAAGGAACUGCUCCCAGAAUCGGCACCCAUCCUCACCGCGCAACGGGGAGAGGGGAAUCCGAGGCCCCAGCCUGGAGAAUCACAGGGAGCCAUCCUCUUGCGUCUCUCCCCCCUCUCCCUUUGCUUCCUCCCCGUCUUUUCCUUCCUCCCCGCUGGCUUCCCCCUUCCGUUUGUUCGAGGGAGCACAUAGGCGUCAGGCGCACUCGUGCCUGCCAGUUUCUCCUGCUUUGAAUCGCAGAGGAUGCAGCUUAACGGAGACGAGCCGGGGAUUGAGUCCUAGUCUCGAGUGUGACAGUGGAGAAGAGGACAUACUGGGACAUUCGUACCCCUGCUCGUCUUUAAAACAGCAGUCAAUCCUGCGAUCCAGCUCAGGAGAGGAGAGGGACUCUUUCGACACAUCACCAGACUUUAACCGCACACACUCUGACAGCACGUACCCGUCCACCAAGAACCCAGAAGAAGCGGAAGUUCGUCUGCGCUCUUACUCCUACUCAUCCCCCAAAGCGAAGCCGUCACGGCCGUUGCUAAACCGAGACGCAGCCAUCAGUGACCUGGCAGAAGAUGGUGCAUUCAGCGGCGGCAGUCGUUCUCUACUUCAAGCGUUAUCUCUCUCUAAAUCCCUCUCCCGUCUCAACCAAGUUAAGCAGAGAGCAUUUAGCCUGACUGAUACUUCCAGAGAAAAGAGGGUUUUGGGUUUCCGUAAGCGGGCCCAGUCAGCAGAGGAGGAGAGCAGCGCAUCACUCCAACAUCUCACCCUCACUGAGUUCCUCAAAGAGAUCGAGGACGAGGAGUGGGACAAAUACAUAAUCCCGUCUAAAGUCGAGUCAGAGAAGUACAAAGUCAGUCGGACCUUUAGCUUCCUCAAGAGCAGGAUGUCCAGCACUCGCAACAAGACCAAGGUGAAGGGGAAAGAGGUGAAGGAGGGAAAAGAGAAGUCAGGAGCCGCUAAUGGACACCAGUUUGUUCCAGUGUCUCCAUCUGGUCCCGCUCCCUGUGUGGCCUGUGAUAAGCCUGUUUCUGGGAAAGAGCUGCUGCAGUGCUCCAACUGUUUCCUGAAUGUACAUAAAAACUGUCGAGAGUCUGUCACAGCCUGUGGAAAGAAGCCACAGGAGAGGAAUGCACUGCUGAUAAAAAGCAAGACCUUGUCUCUCCCACAGAACUCUGUAAAAGACAACUCCCCAGCCUGUGUUUUCUCUUCUUCCACUUCACUUCCCACGAUGGCCAGAGAAAAGAGAGAAACAGUCGCCCCUCUCUCCAAAAGUCUCUCUAUCUCUAUAGACAGCAGGCGGCUGAGUGACGCAGCAGGAGGCGACAGUGAGUGCAGUGUGACAGCUUGCACUAACAGUUCAUUGUCUGAUGAGGGAACUCCAGUCACAGUGACUCCCCCGUCGACAGAGCCGCCAAUCACCGCACAAGAUGCUGUUGAUGCUUCUCUACUGAGUGACCUGUCAGCUGACCUGCUGGGACUGGAGGUGGAGUCGUGGAGUCUGGCGGUCAGUCCGGAGUUUUGCAGGCAACACGACAGGCGCACCAUUAAACGACAGGAUGUUAUUUAUGAGCUGAUGCAGACAGAGCUGCACCACAUUCAAACCCUGACGGUCAUGUCGGAGGUGUUCAGGAGAGGCAUGCUGGAGGAGCUGCAGCUCGACUGGGACUGUGUGGCCCGGAUCUUCCCCUGCUUGGACCUCCUGCUAGUCUUUCACAGAAACCUCUUUGGAGCACUGCAAGAAUGCCGACAGGCUGCAAUGCAACCUGACAACCCUCGAAAUUACCUCAUCCGACAGAUUGGAGAUGUACUGCUUCAGCAGUUCUCAGAUGAAAAUGCAGAGAAGAUGAAGCAGGUAUACGGAGAGUUCUGCAGUCAUCACACCGAAGCUGUCAAUGUCUUCAAAGAGCUGCAGCAACAAAACAAAAAACUCCAAAACUUUGUCAAACAACAGAGCAAUAACUCGUUAGUCAGACGGAGAGAGGUGCCAGAAUUCAUCCUGCUGGUCACUCAGCGCAUCACCAAGUAUCCAGUGCUGCUGGAGAGGAUAUUACAGUACACUCAGGAGGGGAGUCAGGAACACUCUGACCUGUCAAGUGCCCUGGCUCAGAUUCGCGACAUCAUUGCUACAGUGGACUUGACUGUUAGUAAGUAUGAGAAGUGUCAGGAGUUGCAGGAAGUGCUUGCUCGGCUGGAGAACAAGAGCUUCGCCAAGCUAAAGAACGGCAAGGUGUUUCGCAAACAGGACCUGCAUAGCAAACACAGGGAUCUGCAGCAUAAAGGGCUGGUCUACUGGAAGACUGCCACGGGACGUCUAAAAGAUACUUUGGUUCUCCUGCUCACAGACGUUCUGGUUUUCCUACAAGAGAAAGAUCAGCGCUUUAUAUUUGCUGCUGUGGACCAGAAGCCCCCUGUAAUCCCUCUGCAGAAGCUAAUUGUUAGAGAAGUAGCCAAUGAGGAGAGAGGCAUGUUCCUUAUCUCUGCCUCCUCAGUAGGACCAGAGAUGUAUGAAGUUCACACAACCAGCAGAGAUGAGAGGAAUGCAUGGAUGAAACACAUACGGCAAGCUGCAGAGAGUUGUCCGGAGGAAGAGGAGGAGGAGGAGCGAAGUCCUGAGACAGAGGAGGCAAGGCGAGCAGCAGAAGUGAGAGCUCAAAAGAUCACCAAGUUUCAAGAGACACUGUUGGAUCAGGACCAGCGAAUCUGCAAGAGUCUGGAGGAGAAGUUACAGCUUUACGCUGAGCUAACAGAGUUAACACUCCACUCACCAGAACCUGCACCACAUCGCCACCUGCUGGUACAAUCAGACACAGACAGUGAGACGCCACGACAGGCCUCCUCACUGCUCACAGCUGCACUCAGAGAGGCAGAGAACCUGAUGGCCAUUCUGCAGGCCCGAGACAGCCUUUCUGCACAAAGUCAAACCUCUCCUGUCCGAGGACCAGAGGGCUGCAGCUAUAACAGCCACGGCAGCAGUGUCCAGGAGUCUCCCUCUGAGCCAGAUUAUCUGAGCACGCUCAGUAUGAGCUCCACCUCUCUUGGAUCAGACAACGAACUGACAGGGCUGGACAGCGUGUUGUGGAGCUCUGCUGUCGAGCUGAGAAGAGGAGACACCAAAGCUACGUUGUUAAAGGUGGCAGAGAGUGUCCAGAGUCUGACUCAGCUUCUCUAUAGUCUGCAGGCUGUCGUAACCCUCCAGGACAGCUGCCAUGAAGUCCAGAAACUUCUUCUCCAGGAGGGAGAAAGACCUCAGCUCCGGACCCUCACUUCUCUCCAAAACAGUCUGGAGCAGGAGAAGCACAGGAGUAUUGACAAGAAAAAAGAGGAAGUAGAAAAGAAGGGUUUAGAGAGGAAGAAAGAAGAGGUGGAUGAGGUGCAGAAACUUCAUGUGAAGCUGAAACAGGAGCAGCAGCGCUGGGACAAAGAGUGUUUGGCCAGAGAGAAACAACAGAGUGAGCAGGAGAGUGUGCUGGAGCAGCGAGAGCAGCAAUGCCUCUUGGAGGCCGAGCGUCUGCGUUGUGAACGCGAGGAGCUGGAGGCCCAGCUGCUGGAGUAUCAGCAAAAUCUGGACCGACUGAGGGAGGGUCAGAGGAGUGUGGAGAGGGAGAAAGAGAAGAUCGAAGCCCAGCAGAGGCUGCUGCAGAGCUGGAGACACAACCGCCAGAGUAGCCUGCCUGUCACGAUACCACUGGAUGGUUACAAGGUGUCCAGCCACAGCCGCUCAGGUAGCCUGGAUGGUAACUGCUCAGUAUACGAGAAUGAGGCGGCUUUAUUUGCCUCCCUACAGCAGAACCACGUCCACCAGCCUGCCAACAACAACCAGCACCAGUGUCUGUUCUCUGCACCAAGGAAGAACCAUGACGCCCCUCUGCACAGUUCCGCCUACACCGCCAACCUUGGCCUCAGUGCCAGCCUCUACAACAGCCUCAACACCCUUCUGAGCCAGGCACACAGCAAACAGCCUCCUGACGGUGUCACAUACCCAGACUACAGUAACAACCACGGCUGCCCACGGCCUCCCAAUGACUCCAUACACCCCUUCAGCAGCAGGGUCACUGCACCGUCACAAAGGACCAACAACACAGACUUUAGCCCACUGUUGGACAGGCAAUCCCUGGGUCCCUGGAGGUCAGAGGUCACGGGUCACAGACUUUAUAAGGAAGACUACUCCUCGUCUCCCUCUCUUACCCCCCUGCUUCCCCCCCAGGCUUACCUUUCCCUAGAAGGACAGAACGGGGAGGAGGCAGGGGAGGAGAACAUUGUUUAUCUCUGAGAAUCAUGAGCGAGAAAUGAGUGCUGCAGGCUGCCUGAAAUAUAACUGGACCGAUAAUGAUAUAUCUGUUGCUUACAUGUGUUUGUGUAUGUGUGCCUUUGCACCGAUGUAAAUGUGAUGGAUUUAAAUUGAUUUUCUUUUUUAAAAACUUAAUAUUCAAACAAAGGAACAGCUGCAGGGAGGAAGUAUACACAGACAUAGUAUAUGUGCCUUUAUCAGUGUAUGUGGCAGCCAUUAAUCAUUCUCUUCCUGCACGAUGAAACCAUUGUGCCUUUUAGCGAACAAAUUAUUCGUAAAUCAGCGUUUGUACUCCCCGUGUUUUUACUUCAGAUUAAAUUCUUUUUAGUAUCCGUUGCACUUGUUUGAUGGCAGAAGUAUCUUUGUGCCCCAAAUACUGGGACCUCAAGUACAGAAGUAUCGAUGUUAUUUUCCCAUGAGCACUUAGAAGAAAAUGAAAAUAUUUCAGGGGCCAAUUGAGCCCUUCCCCAAACUAUGUAUAUGAGUGCUUUUAUUAUUUAUCCAUGUGAUCUUCAAUAAUAUUUAUAAGGGAUUGUAAGCAUCUAAAAACAUAGAAAUAUACUGACAUUAUUGUAUAAAUAUUAAAUAUAUGUAUAGUUUUAUGGAAAGGCUACCUAUGCACACUAUGUUGGAGAAGGAAAUUCCUAUUAUUGUUUUUCUCACUUAAGUGCCAAAAAUCUUCUGAUACUGUAAGUGAUUUCUGUAAAGAAUGGAUAUAUGUUUUCUGUUCACAUGCUUUUCUGAUAAUUUAUUGUAUGUAAAUUGCUUCAUGCACUGUCGACAUUAAUGAUAUUUUGUUUGAUAUGUGUUCUCUUGUAAUCUCUGUAGUCAGAACUGUGAUGUGCCAUAUUAAUCUUGUGCUGUACAUAAAAUUAUUGUGGCAAACAA